AUGUCAGCAUUUCAAGUAGCAGUUUACUACGCAGCAGGCACUGUGCUGCGUGUAUGUGUGCACGCGUGGUGCGCGCGUUUAGAUGGAGGCACAGACGAGCUGGCGACCUGCCGUGGCCGCGUGAGCGAGGGGAAGAGCCGGGCUGCCCGCCGGGAAAAACGACAUCUGGCAGACAGAUUAGUUAACUCAAAGAGCACAAUAGUGCUAAGACAGAAUGCAUGGCAAGUGAUUCAGUGGAAAGAGGUAAAUGUGGGUGACAUUGUGAAAGCCACAAACGAACAGUUCCUCCCUGCAGACGUGGUCCUGAUUUCUUCCAGUGGACCUCAGGCAUCAUGUUACGUUGCAACAUCUAAUCUGGAUGGAGAGACAAAUCUAAAAAUACGUCAGGCUUUGUUGGAAACAGCUGAAAUGCAAACAGAAAAGCAAUUGUCAAGCCUCUCUGGAAAAAUAGAAUGUGAAGGACCUAAUUGUCAUUUCAACAGCUUCACUGGAACCUUGCACCUGAAUGGUAGCAGCCCUGUUCCAGUUGGGCCUGAGCAGGUCUUGCUAAGAGGGACACAGCUUAAGAAUACUGAGUGGAUUCUUGGCAUAGUUGUUUACACUGGACUGGAAACCAAAUUCAUGCAGAAUUCGGUCAAGUCGCUUCUCAAGAGAUCCAGCGUUGAGAAGGUGACCAAUUUGCAGAUCCUGGUGCUGUUCGUGCUGCUCUUGGUCAUGUCCUUGGUGAGCUGUGUGGGAGGCAUGCUCUGGAAGGACAAGCAUGGAGUGGACAUCUGGUACAUCAUGAAGAAGGAGCACAACACCCACAGCUUUGGGUUUGACAUUUUGAUGUUCAUCAUCUUGUACCACAACCUCAUCCCCAUCAGUCUGCUCGUCACUCUGGAAAUUGUGAAAUACGUUCAGGCCCUGUUUAUAAACUGGGAUGAAGACAUGCACUAUAAGGCCAAUAAUGUGUACGCCAUGGCCAGAACAUCGAAUCUUAAUGAAGAGCUUGGGCAGGUGAAAUACUUAUUUUCUGACAAAACAGGAACCCUUACUUGCAAUAUUAUGACAUUAAAGAAGUGCACCAUUGCCGGUAUAAUUUAUGGAGAUCAGUCAAGCAGAAGUGAUGCUGGUGGAAAAAAGUUAAGUCAGUCAGCCUGCUCUGUCACAGAGGCCUAUGAGUUCAACGACCCGACACUGCUGCGGAACUUGAAGAACAACCACCCCACGAAAGCCUGUAUAAAGGAGUUUCUUACUCUGCUCUGCGUGUGCCACACUGUUGUUCCCGAGAGAGAUGGGAAUAACAUAAACUACCAGGCUUCCUCCCCAGAUGAAGCAGCUUUAGUGAAAGGGGCAAAGAAACUUGGCUUUGUUUUCACUACAAGAACGCCAUACUCUGUCACCAUCGAAGCUAUGGGAGAAGAAUUCACGUUUGAAAUUCUUAACGUCCUGGAGUUUUCUAGUAAUAGAAAAAGGAUGUCUAUAAUUGUCCGAACUCCUACAGGACAGGUCCGGCUCUACUGCAAAGGGGCUGAUUCAGUGAUUUAUGAGAGACUUUCAGAAGAUUCUCUCUUUGUGGAGGAGACAUUAACCCAUCUGGAAUAUUUUGCCAAAGAAGGUCUGAGGACUCUCUGUGUUGCCUACAUAGAUUUAACUGAGGCAGAGUAUCAGCAGUGGUUGGUGAAGUAUAAGGAAGCCAGUACAGUUGUACAAGACAGAACUCAAAGUCUGGAAGACUGCUAUGAUACUAUUGAAAGGAAGUUCCUCCUACUUGGAGCCACAGCCAUUGAAGAUCGCCUUCAAGCACGCGUUCCAGAAACGAUAACAAGUUUAUUGAAAGCAAACAUAAGAAUAUGGGUCUUGACAGGAGAUAAACAAGAAACAGCCAUUAACAUAGCAUAUUCCUGUAAACUGUUAUCAGGUCAAAUGCCUCGUAUUCAAUUGAAUACAGAUUCAUUAGAGGCAACACAAGAAGUGAUUAACCAGAGCUGCCAGGAUCUUGGAACCUUGUUAGGUAAAGAAAAUGACCUGGCCCUAAUCAUCGACGGUAAAACAUUGAAGCACGCCCUCCACUCAGAAGUCAAGAAGAACUUCCUCAGCCUGGCGCUCUCGUGCAGGGCAGUGCUAUGUUGUCGAUUAUCUCCCCUCCAGAAGGCUGAAAUAGUGGACUUGGUUAAGAAGCAUGUAAAGGCCAUCACCCUGGCCAUCGGGGACGGGGCCAAUGACGUCGGGAUGAUCCAGACAGCCCACGUUGGGGUGGGGAUCAGCGGGAACGAGGGCAUGCUGGCCACCAACAACUCGGACUACACCAUCGCACAGUUUAGCUACUUAGAGAAGCUGCUGUUGGUUCAUGGAGCUUGGAAUUAUUUUCGAGUGACCAAAUGCAUAUUGUACUGUUUCUACAAGAAUGUCGUGUUGUACAUCAUUGAGCUUUGGUUCGCCUUCAUGAAUGGAUUUUCUGGGCAGAUUAUAAUUGACCGUUGGUGCAUCAGCUUGUACAACUUGGUCUUCACGUCACUGCCGCCGUUCACUCUGGGCAUCUGUGAGCAGUGCUGCAGUCAGGAGAGCCUGCUCAGGCACCCACAGCUCUACACGGUUUCUCAGACAGGUGAUACUUUCAACAUAAAGGUCCUUUGGAUUCAAUGUGUAAACGCUUUGGUCCACUCCUUCAUUCUCUUCUGGUUGCCCACAAAAAUGCUGGAGCAUGACAUGGUCUUACAAGGUGGUCACACUACAGACUAUCUGUUUCUUGGGAAUUUUAUUUAUACGUAUGUGGUUGUCACUGUUUGUCUGAAAGCUGGUUUGGAGACACUGUCUUGGAAUAAAUUCAGUCACCUGGGAAUCUGGGGGAGCAUCGCCUUGUGGCUGGUGUUCUUUGCGGUUUACUCUUCCCUCUGGCCAACCAUCCCUAUUUCUCCUGAGAUGACAGGACAGGCCAAUAUGGUCCUGGUUUGCCCAUACUUCUGGCUGGGUUUUUUCAUAGUCCCCUUUGCGUGCCUGAUUCAAAAUGUAAUGUGGAAAUCGAUUAGAAAUACUUGCAAGAGGACUUUGCUAGAGGAAGUUCGGGAAAUGGAAAGUAGCAGAGUUCAAGAACUUGAUCUUCCCAGAGAUUCUGAAAAGAGUCCCAGGAUGGAGACAGCGAAUCUCCCGAAGUCCCCGAGUCCCCAGCCCUGCGAGGUGGUCUUCCGGAACAACUCCGUUGAUCUGGGCAACCCACAUGGGUAUGCCUUUUCUCAAGUGGAGCAAACUGAGAUUUCUCAAGAAGAGCUAGUUCGCGCUUAUGACACCACCAAGAGCAUCACCAUGGGGACUGUCCCUUCCGCCCUCUCCGAGGCCGUCCUUGAGUGAGGCCUGGGCUGCGCAUCCUUCCCCGAGGCCGCUGCAGUGAGCCGCCCCCCGACUCUCACUCUUGGGGCUCUGGACGGUCUGUUCUUUAUGUAUCGAUUGAGUCACGAUCCUUGGGUAUAAAUAAUGGGGAACCCUGCUUGCUUUUUCUUAAUUUGCCUUCAGUGUUUUACAUAAUUUAUUUUUCUGUUUCUGUGAGAGCUUUAUCAGUUCAUUCUGAAGUAGAAAACUAAAAAGCACUAUGUAUCACCAAAAGUUAAACUUUGGUACACGUUGUUUUGGGGGGAAAAAGGUAAAGGAUGUCAUGUUGCUGAAUAAGCUUGUUUUGCUUAAUUGGAAAGGGAUCACAUGGAAACUUUAUCUUUUGAAAGCUCACAGAAUAAGGGCCCAGGCAGCAUACGAAACAUUGUUUAAGUACAAUAUCCUGUCAUUUUUGAGUUAUAUGUUAUGUAUAUGAAAUGUGCACAGUAUUCUUGAUUGCAGUGAAUUCAGAUAGUGAGUGCAGCAUAGACUAAUCUUGGGCCUCAAAACCAGGUGUGGAAGAAUUGCCAUAACUCAUUAACCUCCCUCUGACCCCCCCACAUUAGGGCUGGUGGAGAAUCAGCACCAGUCACCCCUGUGGCUCUGCCUUAGGUGUGCACCACCUUUCCAGGGUUUCGGACGCUGUGAAGCGCUGGGAAACUCCAUUCUUCUGUCAUCUGCCCACAGAGGUCACCAUUAAGACACAUGGUUUCCUUUGGUCUGGCAACUUUAUGAUGCUCUGUGUCAGGUAUGGGGAACUGGAACCCUCGGGGGAGGCUGGAAUCCCUACGCCUGUGGUCUAACGUCCCCAGCAAAGUCACUCCUCUCCUGGAAGACAUCGUCUCCCCCGUGCACUUUGCAGGAACAAGGAGAUGUCUUUCAUACCCCUCCUCUCGUCCAGGGUGGAGCCCCCUUUCUCAGACCAAAUUCUACUUAGUGAGUUUUUAAAAGCAAAGAUGGAGGAUUCUUGAAGGCGGCCUCUAUUUUCUGUGCUGCCAAGUGACUCCUUUGAGGAAAUGAACUAAAAAGCCUGAUACUUGUUUGAGGGGAAAUAAGGCAACAAGGAAAACAUUGGGAGAAAGACCAGUUAAAAUCUCAGAAAGUUACCCACACAUGGGUACACGGAAUGUGGGCUGUCCACAUGAUGGCGAGCUGUUCAGCCAUUAAAGGAUGAGACACGCACCACGUGGAUCAACCUGCACAACAUUAUGUGUGCAGAGUGAAAAAGACAGUCAUGAGGGGCCGCAUACAAUAUGGUUCCAUUCCCGAGAAAUUCAUAAGCAAAUCUACAGAUAUAAAGUCAAUUAGAGGCUGCUCAGGGCUGGUGGAAAAAUGAAGGGGUCAAAGGUUAAUAGCUCAAGGACACAAGUUUCUUUUUCAGUCAAUGAACAUAUUAAAAAAUUGUAGUCAUAGUUGCACAUAUUUGUGAAUAUAUUGAAAACCAUUAAACACUUUAAAUGGA